CUCUGCCUAUGGAGUGGCCAUUCUUUUGUUUCUUUACUUCUCUAAUAAACUCGCUUUCCUUGCUCUGUGGACUCACCCCAAAUUCUUUCUUGUGAGAGUCCAGGAACCCUCUUUUGGGGUCUGGAUCAGAACCCCUUUCUAGUAUCAUUUUUCUGCUGAACCACGAAGGGACGAUACCAGAGAAACCGCCGACGCAGAGGAACCAGACUACAGCAUCGAGGGUCCGACCUUGGGGGGAGGUGGGGAAGCUAAGUAUUCCUGAAGACUUUCUUCCCAAAAAAAGAAAGAGAAGAAAAACAGUCACCAUGGGGACAGCCACCCUGGGUUCCCUCUCGGCAGUGCUCCUGCUCUUUCUCCUGAUGUGUGAGGUCCCUGCGGUGGAGCUCAGCUUGGACAGAGAUGUGACCAGUGGCUGCCGACGAUGCUGUGACCCUGAGGACCCCCUGGCGCCUGACCCUGUGUCCGCAGCCUCUCCCUCCGUCCUCCCACACGCCCUGCCUGAGGUCAGGCCUUACAUUAACAUUACCAUCCUGAAGGGUGACAAAGGGGACCCAGGCCCAAAGGGUAUCCCAGGGUCUAGGGGCAUGGAUGGUCCUCAAGGAGAGCCUGGCCCGCAGGGCAGCAAGGGCGACAAGGGGGAGAUGGGCAGCCCCGGCCCCGCUUGCCAGAAGCACUUCUUCGCCUUCUCGGUGGGCCGCAAGGAAGCUCUGCACAGCGGCGGGGACUUCAAGACGCUGCUCUUCGAGAAGGUCUUCGUGAACCUCGACGGGUGCUUCGACAUGGGUGCCGGCCACUUCGCCGCUCCCCUGCGCGGCAUCUAUUUCUUCAGCCUCAACGUGCACAGCUGGAACUACAAGGACACGUACGUGCACAUCAUGCACAACGAGCAGGAGGUGGUGGUCCUGUACGCGCAGCCCAACGCCCGCAGCAUCAUGCAGAGCCAGAGCGUGAUGCUGGACCUGGCCGCCGGGGACCGCGUCUGGGUGCGGCUCUUCAAGAGCCAGCGCGACAAUGCCAUCUACAGCAACAACUUCGACACCUACAUCACCUUCAGCGGCCACCUCAUCAAGGCCGGGGACGACUGAGGGCCUCCGUCUGGGCCACCCUCCCGGCCGGAGCGCUCAGGGGCCGGCCCCGCCCCCUGCCAGGCUCGGUUUGCGUCUCGGUGAAGCGGGAAGGCCAGGGAGGUCCCCGGGGACCUGGCGUUCUGGAGACCCGGCUGCUUUCUUGGCUGCCGCCGUCCCUCCCAGACUAUUUCUGCUCCUCUCUUCUCUCUUGGACCUAUUUUAAGAAACUUUCUAACCUAAAUAUUCUAGAACUUUUCCAACCUCGUAGCCCAGCACUUCUCAAACUUGGA